AUGGCGUUGGCUGCAAAAGGACCGGUGGCCAUCGGAUCGUCCAUCCCCAACAGCAUUGCCGCCGAGGGGCCUAAAGUCGUCGUGCCGGAGGAGAACGGGGAGAUGGCUGAUAUCCAGGACAAGGAAGUCAGUAUGGAAGGGCUCUGCUCCAUAAGCACCUAUGAUCAGUGGACGCCGCUCUCUGUUUCUGGCCUGCUUCCGAAACCACGCUAUAAGCAUGGAGCUGCGGUGGUUCAGCAGAAGAUGUACGUCUUUGGUGGAAAUCACAAUGGCCGUUACCUUGGCGACAUUCAGGUUCUGGACUUCAAAACUUUGUCAUGGUCAAAGCUGGAAGCUAAAUCACAAGUAGAGCCAUCAGAAUCUGCUGGAGCGGUUCCAUUUUCUGCAUGUGCUGGUCAUUCAGUGAUUCAAUGGGGAAAUAAGAUCCUAUGUCUUGCAGGACAUACUAGAGAACCUGCAGAAAGUCUCAGUGUGAAGGAGUUUGAUCCACAAACCUGCACUUGGUCUACCUUGCGUACUUAUGGAAGGUCACCGAGCUCACGUGGUGGUCAGUCAGUGACUCUUGUUGGAGACACUCUAGUUGUGUUUGGCGGUGAAGGUCAUGGGAGAUCUCUUCUGAAUGAUCUGCACAUUCUCGAUCUUGAGACCAUGACUUGGGAUGAAUUUGAGACCACGGGCACUCCCCCUUCUCCAAGGUCAGAGCACGCUGCUGCUUGCUUUGCUGAGCGGUAUCUUCUGAUAUUUGGCGGGGGAUCUCAUUCUACAUGUUUCAGUGACCUACACCUCCUUGACACUCAGACAAUGGAAUGGUCAAGACCAAAGCAGCAAGGUGUUACUCCAGAACCAAGAGCAGGGCAUGCAGGUGUAACUAUUGGAGAAUAUUGGUUCAUUACUGGGGGUGGAAAUAGUAGGAAAGGUGUCUCAGAUACUCUUGUACUCAACAUGUCUACUUAUGAAUGGUCAGUUCUCACUGAUCUUGAGGUCCGUGCACCCCCUACAAGUGAGGGCUCAAGUUUAGUAAUGUACACAAUUAAUGGAGAGAAUUUUCUGGUGUCAUUUGGAGGAUAUAGUGGGCGUUGUAGUAAUCAGGCUUAUGCUCUCAAGGCAAGUCUCAAACCAAGUGUCCCGUCUGAACAAAUAAAUGAAGCAGAGUCAAAUGGUUUUGCCCCUAUAUCUGUAGCAGAAAAUUCUAGCAGGAAAGUCAUAUUUGAAAUUGAGGAACUUAAAGAUGUAAAGCCUGGCAAUAGGGCAUAUAACAGCAAAACCUUGGGACAAGUAGCCACGGAUGAACAAAAUCAAAUAGAAGACAGACUUAAUCAUGAGCGCUUGCAGAGUCUCUGCCUGAAGCAGGAACUAGCUGAUGUGGAGAACAGAAAUGCAGAACUUACUGAGGAACUCCACUUAGUUCGAGAUCAACUUUCUAUUGAACAAACCAGGGCUUCCAAACUCGAGAAUGAAAUUUCAGAGAUUCAAGAACGACUACAGAAGAUGGAUACCCUAGAAAAGGAGUUUGAAUCACUUCGCAGUGAACUGGACAGCACUGUAUCGGAAGAGGAAGCUUCAAGUGGCAACCGGACGCACCGCAGCAGGGGCUUCUGGAGGUGGAAUGGGUGA